AUGGAAGCCAUCACGAUGGCCGAGCCAGAGGAGCUGGCAAAGAUGCAGGCGAAGGGGAUCAAGGACAUGAAGUUCUUCGAUGCCGUCGUCAUCACUGCCUCCGACGAGGAGCAGGUGCUUUCGAACAGGACCGAUCCUGGCGACCCUCGCGCCCUCCAGCAUGCGAAGAUCUAUGAGGAGCAGUUGCAGUGGAGGAAGCAGCUCAAGUCUAUCCCCUCCCGCCCCCACUACCACGUCCUGCAUGACCCGCCAGGGGUCAAGAUAGGCAACGGAGGCAACCGAACUCCCUCGCCCUCUGACGAGCGACUGACGAGGACGGUGGUGGCAGGAGCAACUUUCGUCGCUCUUGACUUCCUUCGGGACAAGUUCUCGUCGGAGUUCGAGAGCCUUCGAGUUCUCCUCAUUCAUGCUGGAGGGUACAGCCAGCGAACACCCCAGCACAGUGUUUGCGGGAAGAUCUUCGCAGCCCUCCCAGCUGGACCAUUUCAGGGCUGCUCAAUGCUGGAAAUGUGCUUCGCUAUGCUAUGCGACAUUCCUGGCAGCGCUCCUCCUGGUGUGAUGCUCAAGUGUGGGGACGAUAUCAUCAUCUUCGACUCCGAUGUCUGUGACUUCAACCAGCCUGGCUUCACGGCCCUCGCACACCGGAGCACAGUCGACAUCGCCUACACCCACGGCGUGUUCUGCCUCGAGGCCUCGGAAGGAAGCCAAGGGGAGGGAGCAGGGACCGUCCGUUGUCGUCGAUACACGCACAAACCUUCCCACGAGCGAAUGCGCAAGUACGGGGCGCUGAUGAACAAGGAGCUCGAGGCCUACACCGACAGCACGUUCUUCUUCGACAUGCCAACAGCGAAGAGGCUCUUGACUUGGUGGGACGAGCACGAACGGCACGUGGGCUGUGAGGUGGAUGCGUACGGGGACCUGCUGCAAGCGCUGGGCCCUGAAGCCGACGAGGAGUACAUAGGUCAGCAUGGCAAGGGAAGCGACUUGCUGUCUGAGACCCGGAGGAGCCUCUUUCAAGCACUGAAUGGGAUGGAGCUGAACGUUUGCAAGGUGGAGAAGUCUCGCUUCUGGCACAUAGGAACGAUCCCAGAGAUGCUCGACCACUUCUGCGGCUCCACGUCGUUCCUUGUGGAGGCCUCUGGGGGGAGCGUAAGGCAAGAAGGGUUCGCGGUGGAGAUAGGAGCACACGGUCUGGGCUACUACUCGAAGUCGUUGACGAGCUGCAAAAUCUGCUCUCGGGUGCACGAGUCAGCCGAGCUGGGGCCUCGGAGUGUGGUGGAGUUCUGUACAGUAGGCAAGGACGUGAAGAUAGGAAGGGACUGCCUCCUUAGCUGCGUCGCUCUAACGGACGGAGUUGUCAUUCCUGAUGGCAUUUUCCUUCAGACGGUCGUGAUCACGUUGGAUGGGAGGACAAGAUAUGUCACCCAAGUGAUGCGAACCUCCGACGAUGUAAAGCAGUCAGGGACGAUAGAGAAGCUUUUAUGGCUGGGAAUGAGCAUGAGCAAGGUCUGCUCUGUCCUUGGGAUAGCUGAAGACACCAUCCAUACGGCUCAAGGGAAGCCGAAGACGUUUUGGGAUGCUCGUCUUCAUCCCGUCGCUGAGUCAAGAGAACUCUCCGUCCUCUACUCGCUCAGCCUGAUGUACAAGGCGCUGGGAAUCGACACGGAUCAGCCUCUCAAGGACGUGUUGCCUGAAGCUGUCUCCGCGCAUCGAGUCUCGAUGGGAGAAUGUGUCCGAUGCAAGCACGCGGUAGAGCAGCUUCGGUACAGGAGGAUGUUCGACGACCUGGUGGAAGCGGCGAGCGAAGCCUGA